AUGAGCCUGGCGUCCUGGGCACGUGAAGGCCAUGGUCGCAACUCGGCUCUGGUCUGCCACCUUCAAGAAAGGCCUUAUGUGUGCAGGAACGGGCAAGAGCGAGAGGGUGACCAUACAGGAUCUGGGUGGGAGCGUCCUGGGUUUGGUGGAUACUCUGCAGACAGCUUGUCAGAGUAUAUGUUGGACGCUGAGGCCUCUGUUCUCAUCACUGGGACUGUAUGGAGGGGUGCCAAGCUCAUCGCCCUCAAGGAGAUUGCUGAUGAUGCACUGAAGAUAUGCCAGGCCAAGAAUCAGAAGAUAAAGAUGAGUAUUGUGGUGCAACACAUGAAGACUGUCACAGCCCCACAGUCCUCCACCAAUGGUACAGCCAAUGGCAACCCCACAAAAAAGCCCCAUUUUGAUGACAAGGGCAACUUUAAGGUUGGAUGGAACUCAGAAGUAGAUGUUUGGUGGCAUGAAGCAGUCAAGAGUGUGAGCAGUGAGUGUCCACCUGUAUGGAUGGACACUGAGGACCCACUUUUUAUGCUCUAUACAAGGUACUGUACAGGUACACCACAGGGAUCACUGGUCACCAUCGGUGGCUACAUGUUAUAUGCUGCCACCACCUUUAAGUACACCUUUGACCAUCAUCCGGGUGACGUCUAUUUCUGCACUGCUGACAUUGGCUGGAUCACUGGUCACUCUUAUGUUACAUAUGGCCCCAUGCUCAAUAAUGCCACAUCUGUGUUGUUUGAGGGUAUGCCCACCUAUCCACACAUUGGCCGCUUCUGGGAAAUUAUUGAGAAGUACAAAGUGAGCAAGUUUUACACAGCUCCUACUGCUAUCAGAACCCUUAUGAAGUUUGGUGAUGAACCAGUGAAAAAGUAUGACAUGUCCAGUCUGUCAGUUCUGGGGAGUGUCGGGGAGCCCAUUAAUCCCGAGGCGUGGCUUUGGUACUACCGGGUAGUGGGUGACAGUAACGUCUCGGUCGUUGAUACUUUCUGGCAGACAGAGACCGGGGGUCACGUGAUCACUCCACUGCCGGGCGCCACCCCUGCCAAGCCAGGUUCUGCCACCUUUCCUUUCUUUGGAGUAGAUGUGGCCUUGUUAGAUGAUGAAGGUAAAGAAAUAAAGGGUGAAGGAGAGGGCUACUUGGUGUUCCGUCGACCCUGGCCUGGCAUCAUGCGCACGGUGUAUGGCAACCACGAACGCUUUGAAACUACAUAUUUCAAGAAAUUCCCUGGUUUCUACUGCACUGGUGAUGGUGCCAAGCGAGACAAAGAUGGUUACAUUUGGGUUACAGGUCGCAUUGAUGACAUGUUAAAUGUGUCUGGUCACCUCCUCUCCACUGCACAGUACGGUCUAAGAUCGGUGCAUUUGCUACGCCUGAUUUCAUGCAACUUGCACCUGGUCUGCCCAAAACUCGCUCAGGGAAGAUAAUGCGACGUGUCUUGCGAAAAAUUGCAGUUGGAGAUCAUGAUUUUGGUGACAUCUCUACUCUGGCAGAUCCAAGUAUUGUUGAAGUGCUAUUCCAGCAUAGACCAAAGGAAGGGAAAGUAUAAGAAUAUUGUUCAACAGUGAGCAGUCACUGUUCAGUACAUGAUCUACAUGUGCAAGUGUAGCUUUGGUCAGAUUUCAGUUGUUUGUUAUAACUAACAGGUCACGUGUGCAUCAUGUUUAAAUGGUUCUAACAAUGCAUAUCCAAAAGACAAUAUAUGCAUCAUAUAUGCUAUAAAGGAUACCUUUGGGUGUGUAUCUUAGUACUUAAAAGUACCAAAUAUUACUAUUUAUUUAUUUGAUGUGAGUACAGUAUAUUAUUGUGGUGCAUGUUUCCAGUAAGCCAAAGGUACCUAAAGUUGUAUGGUGCAUCUGUUGUAUGUAUUUUAAGUGCUACCACAGGUCCACCAUUAUGGUUGUGGCAUGAGUGAAAAGUUUCUUUUAAGCUGGUGUUUUUCUACUUGUUUACAGUAUAUUUUAUUUAGUUAGUUUUUAUUAUUAUUAUUUAAGACUGAUCACUUGUAGUUUAGGAAAUCUCCAAAAAUCUGUCCUUUCUGUACUGACAGUUGAUGAUCAUUCCUUCCCCUAGACAGUACAGUACUAGUGGCAUCAGUUGAUUUCAUUUUGUUCUUUUGAUGAUCAUUUUCAUUUCUAAUGUAUAAUAAUUUCUUUCUGUUUAUUUUGUUAUUGAGUAAUGUGAGGAGAUAGUGAGUUAACUGUUACUUAAAUUUAUUACAAGGCUUCAACAAAUCAAUGCAUAUCAAUCUAGGAUGCUUUUUUUUCAGUGAAAUUUACUUAUCUUAAAGGGAACAUAAAUGGAUUUUAGAAUGUGUUAUUAAUCUAAAGCUUAAUUAAUGUAAAUUGUGAUAUUUAUAAAAUUUAUUUUAACAUUUCAAACUUGGGUGUAAAUCAAUAGUCUAUAUUAUGUGCAACAUCCACAUGAUUUACAAGUAGCAAGCUAUGCUGAAAGUACAGUACUUAUUCUUUAUGGCUGUCUAGCAAUGAGACCCGUCCAUGUACUGAGCAGCUGGUAUUUGCAUGGUCACUUGGGCCUUCAGACUGAUAAACAAAAUAUGGCAACUUCAACACACAGUCAGUCAGUCAGUCUUGGUCUGUUUUAAGGAUAUAUUUGAUGUUGUUGCUUCUUUUUUUUUCCAGAUGCAGCUUUUGAAAUAUUGUAAAAUUUUGUAAUGUAUUAAAAAUAAGUAAAAAAUUUGAAAGAAUAAUGAGAGAUGGGUAGCAUGAGCGAUGUAAUUUGUUCUUGGCAUGAGGUACAUGUGCUAUGAUGAGAGGCAGUUGUGUAAUGGUGAACAUGAGAUUAAAGGUUCAUUGGCAGAAGAACACAGUGGGCAACACUUUACUGAUGAAUAUUUAUUUUCUCUGGAUGAAUCCACACAAGAGUCACCAAAAGACCAAGUACAGUAGGUGGGAGGUAUAUAUUUUGUGGGUCACUUACUCAGGAAAGGCAUUAGUACAGUACAUUCUGCUGAUGAACAGUUGAGUAAAGACACAAGUUGUAACAAAUACUGCAUGAACAUUAAUAAAGGCAUAUGCAUUUUAGCGGUGAUGCUGUGUUAAGUUAUGGUUCUUCACUAUAAACUCAGGCUAGAAGGACUUAUUAUACCUCACAGUCUCUGGUAUGAUCCAUUAAGAAGUACUUACUCGAGUGAGUCAACAUUGCAUGAUACUGUAGUCUAUUUCAUCUACAAUUGUCUAGCUUUUCUUAUUUAUUCAGGAUAAUGGCUUUACAAAAUUUUUAGAUAAUUUAUCUGUAGAAAUGUGCAGGAGUGUAUGUUGUGUUAAAACUUUGUUCAGAACAAUCUUAACAGAAUGUAAAUUUUGCAGAUUUGUAAAUCAUAUAGCAUAGGUAUGGAAGAAAAGCGAAGCAGGUUUACAUCUAAUCUAGACAGACACAUGUGAUACAGCCCUGCUGUACAUAACUUACCACAUACACUUACCUGAGUUGAAGGAUACAGUACUGAGGAACUUUUUGUGUGGCUGUUACCCAGAGAAAGUCAUAUAUUUUAAUUUACUGUGCUUGAUCUAUUAUGUUACAAGUCAUAAGGGUUGUGGAAUAUGCAUGAAUAAAAUCAGGAGCUUUCUCAUUGCUAUGGAAAAAAUUUACAACUUGUUAUGGAGAUAAUUAACAACUGUAAUAUAAAUAGGUAGUCAAAAUAUGUGUUGUAGAACACUGAGCAGUUAUGUUGCACAGUAAAGCAAAUGUGACUCUGCAAAUAUUUAGACACAUAUUUCAGUAAAAUAAAAAGAAAAUAAGAAUUUGCUACAUAUAUCAGUGUGGUUACAGCAAGACAGGUGAUAAAGAGUACGAAAUACAGUACUGCAAAAACUGUAGGAAAUAUUGUAGAUAUGUCCUGUUGCUGCAAACAUAAAUUGUAAAGGGAAUAAUUUUUCAUUAAUAAUUUAUAAUUUUUUCAUGAAAAAUAUUAAUAAAUAAUUAUGCAGUACAGUACUUUAAAAAAUGACAAUGAAAUUGCAUUAAGUACAGCCCAAACACUUUACAAAAUUCCUUCAUGAUAUUCAUUACAUUUCUUAGUUUAGUGAAAUAUGAUUUUGACUUGUCAUGUGAUAAGACUUGAAUUUGUUCCUCAGCAUUGUUGAAAUUUGUGAUGGAGAAAGUGUUGAUAAAUGUUAUAUUUGAUCUUAGCAGGUAGUGUAGUCACUGUUAUGAUAAGUCAUGUUAUGCCUGAGGGCCAGUCCAGCCAUGACUGAAUGCCAUGGGAGAAAGUUGAAGAUAUUCAUCAAUUGACAAAGUAAUUAUUUCACACAGAUACAUUAUUACAUUUAUCAAGAACAUCAAACUCUAUGCUGACCACCAGUACAAAGUCUUCUUUUGCUGUUUAACUUCAAAAUUUUUUUCCUGUGUGAGAAAAAACAUUAUAGAACAUACAGAAUUGUUAUUACCAGCGAAAUAAUAUACAGUACAGUACUAUCGUUUGAGCUGUGAAAUGUAUCUGUUAUUGCUAAUUAAAAAUUAUAAUAUACAGGAAUGUUAUGUGAAAUAUAAUCAUGAAAAUAGUUUUAUAUUUAUAUGAAACUAAAAAACAGGUUUAAAAUACAUCGACAUUUAGUCUCAGGACAGUUCUACAUGGCAUUCAUGUAGUGGAGUAACCUUAUUGGCCUUAAAGGUUUUAAUGUUAUUGUUUUCACUCUUGCCAGAGUUUCCUCGCUGUAUUGAAGGGCGCCAGAACCAAGGGCAAACACAUACUCUGUCUUCACAUUCAGUCAUUCACUCACUUUUGCAGUUGUAGCCAAUAUGUUCUACUUGGUGGUUCCUUCUUCAUCACAACCUAAUAUACCUAUCCGGUUUAUUCCUAUUGCUUCACUUAACCUAUAGUCUGUUCACUCAAAUUUUGCACCCGAGGCCUAGGGUCACUUUGUAGCAAGACAGCUGAUUGGCUGGCAGAAGGACAGGUGAAGAGUUGCUACAAUUCUAUCAUAUUUCAUAUUCAAUCUAUCUUAAUUAUAUUAUGAUACCUUCAGGGAUAUUAGCUUCUCUAUAUAGCAUCACCCAUUAGCUGUACCAGCAUCCUCAAUAAGCAAUCAAUACCUCUCAUUUCUAGUGUACUCUUCACCUCCUCCUCCUCCUCCUCCUCCUGCUGUUCACCUCUUUUGAGACAUAUAUAAGCACCAGAAUUUAUCAGUCUACCUAACAAUGCAUCUUAAGAGAGGUUGAAAUAAUUGUAGGGAUUAUUUUGCCAUAAAACACUUCAUAAAUGUGCUGCAGCCAUCUACAGUUUGGAAUAAGGGUUUUUGGAUAACUGAAAAGAUAUGUUAAAACCUAAGAAGAAAACUUAUCAAACCUGGGUGUAUUACACCUUACAGGGGGUCUCCGGGUUAUGAAUGGGUUCCAUUCCUGAGGACGUUCUUAAGUCGAAAAUGUACGUAAGUUGGAACACAUGCUGUGUGCAUACCGUACUUACAGAACAAUGUUUAAAAUCCCACUAUUCAUAGCUUAAGUCCUUAUAUACAUCUAAAAUCACUUAAAUUAAGAGAAAAGAAAAAAUAGAAUGACGAAAUACAGUAAAUGAAAGUAAAAAAAAGUCAUCAGGUAAAUAAAAUACUGUAAAUUUAAAGUUUAACCUCGUUGGUAUCGUCGGGCAUUUGUAAAUCGGGGACCCCCUGUAUUGUAAUGAUGAAGUGAGAGAUGGUAACUAAGAGAUUUUUAUUUUAUUUUUUUAGUGUAGAAUUAUCAAGAAUAAAUAAUAUAUAAAUAUGGAGAUUGAAAGUGAAAUAAAUGAUCUGAUCUGGGUAUGAUUAGGUGUUAUGGACAUAUUAAGACAAUGGAACAUUUAAGUUUGGUAAAAACAGUUUAUGUAUAUAUGGUAGGAGGGAAGCUCACAAGUGAAGGAUAUACCAAAAAAAAAAGGAAAAAGAACAUAUAGAAAGUGGUGGAGAGUGAAGGACAAGAGAACAUGGUGUCAGGUGGGUUUUUUAUAAUAGUUGUGGAACAGACUGCUGAUGCUAAGGUUGUGUGAGGCAACAGUUGUAUUUAACACUUCAAAUUAUCGUACUUGGUGUAUUUUUCAAAGGGGGGCCCCUUCUAACUGAUCACCAGAUGAGUAUUUGGGGCCUUAGUGUGGAAAGGGAACACCAUAAUAGAAUAAAUUUGUUAGAGUAAUAAGAGUAAAAGAUUGGUAGCAAUUACAGGGAGAAUAAGUGAUUGCCUUUGACUCUGGCCAUCUUACAUUGUAGUGGGAACAUUUGAGAGUGGCAAAAAGAAAUUAAUGACAAACUUUGGUUUAUAAUGACUUGAGAUACUAAAAACUCCAUUCAUUGAUGAAGAAUUUGGAGGAGUUCCCAGUUACAUAUUGUAUUUUAUAAUUAACCCUUUGGCUGUGGGAGGUUACCUUAAGCUGAAUAAAAUCGUGGCAAGUGCAGGAAACGCAGCGAAAGGGAUAAGGUAACCAAGUUUGGGAUGUCAUCCGACUUUGACUUGUUAAAUAAAGUUUAAAACGGUACAGAAUAAUUAAAAAAUUCAGUCAGGCAUUGUGGUUGUAUCUUGGAACAGCUCUGAUUAAUUUGAACCAGUGAACUGUUCACAGUUCAUGGAUUUAGUACUACUGUACUGGAUACUUGACGAUGUAUCGUACGAUGGUUUCCUACAUUCCUCAUCUUGAGUUUUAGUAUUUUUUUGUCACUUGUUUUUGUGGUCAAAAGCAGAAUCAGUAAAAUUUAAACUAAUGUAAUUUUUAGAGUAAUAAACCUCUUGAAGACCAAUGAGGGGCACCUCAGCUCUGUGUUUGUCAGUAUCGUGUGAUCUGCACUCUUAAGACCAAGUCUUCAAAGUGUGUGCAGUCAUAGUACAUGAGACUUUUCUCUUGUGGAUAUGUGUUAUUCUUAUUAGAGUACCAGAUAAUACAAUGUAACCUUUAAAGUGGUUAAAAAAAAGAGCAAAUAUUUAACAGAUUUUUUAAUUGGUUCAUUCAUUACUUAUGAGUUUUGAUCUAAACAUUGUAAUUACACAAAUAAUUUACUUAAACUGAGAAGUGUCAUGUAGUGUACUUAAACUGGGCACAGUUUGGGAGUUUGAUCUGUAGUCUCAUUUGCACCCACAGUAGGAAUAUGUAACGACAUAGAGAGAUAACAAAUAAUUAUUGAGACAAAACAAUCUUGGUGUUUACUCGGUGUAGCCAUUGAGACAUGAAUAAUACUAUUGUAGCCGUAACUCAUGAACUUGGUACAGUACUUGAUGAAUAAAUAGCAGUGUCAUUUGUGUUUCUGUUAAAAUCUUGCACAUUGCUGUUGUUUAGACUUGCACACUUAUUACCUCUUUGACAAUGCCUGUAUAUUAGAUUUGACAAGGAUUUCUUUUUCUGUAAUUACAGUAUGCAAUAGUUUGUAUAUUAUGGAAUCAGUUAAAUUAGUUCUAUGUAAAUUAUCUUGAAAAAAGAGAGAGCUUUUAAUGCUCGUGCAUCUGUUCAUAACAGUAAUUGUACAAUAGUUUACUACACCAAAAGUUAUUGAUUUACGUGUACAUAAGUUUGGGAUUUGUAAGUUAUGGUACAGAAGAUAAGACUUUAGUUAAAGUAAAUUACUUAGAGCAUUUAUGCUCUCUUUUUAUUGUGUGAAAUUAAGUUUUAUGUAAAGCAUGUUUCCCCUUUUUUUCCUUUUCUUUUUAAUAAAUCGAUAUUCUUAUAUAUAAUUUUUUUUUUUUAGAAUGGUUUAGUUUUUUCUUGAGAAUACAGGUUUCAAAAGUUGUAAAAUGAAUAAAGUUGUUGGUACAAAGGUGGUGAUUGCUGUUGAUAUAAUAUUUGUAUACUGUAUGACUUUUUGGCAGUCUCUUGUUUGCUCUUGUGAUAUGAACAGCAGAGAAACAUUAAAAUUCACAAGUUUAAGAGAGAGAUUUAGCAUGUACCAUUGUUAUAAUGUUUUGCAAUAUAAGUUUUACGAACUUCAGGUUCACUCUAUUUUGUAUGGAAUAAUAUAGUAUUUUUAAAGUGCACAAAGCCUCUUGGCAUAAUGACAUAUAAAGAGCUUUUUAUGUACAGUAAACAUUCCAAUUUUAUUUGUUAGUCUUGACAAUAUUUUUGUUUUGGGUUUGUUGUAAUAUUAGAAUAAAUACACAUAUUGCUAGGUAAACUUAUUUCAUGGACACCUUGUUUAUCAUGGAUCUGAUGCAGAGAUGACAUUUUUGUUGUACAGUAUUGUCAGAGAUAAAACGAAAAUGAAAUAUCACCAACC